GGAACUUGAGAAGUUGGCCACUCGCAAAUUACGUAUUGGUGCAAAAGCUGCUAUGCAGCUUGCCGAGCGUCUGUACACCCAAGGAUACAUCUCGUAUCCCAGGACAGAGACAAACAUUUUCCCUCCCAAUAUGGAUUUGGCCAGCCUCGUUCACACACAGACUCAAGACAAUCGAUGGGCCGCUUUUGCCAGCCGAGUUUUGGAGACCGGCGUCAAUCCGAGAAAUGGAAAAUCCACUGACAAAGCUCAUCCCCCCAUUCAUCCGUUGAAACUUGGAUGUAAUCUGCAGGGAGAUGAGGCACGUUUAUAUGAGCUUAUAACGCGUCACUUCCUUGCUUGCCUAUCUGCCGAUGCUCAAGGAUCCGAAACUUUGGUCCAGCUUUGUGUAGGCAAAUCGGCCAUGCCAGCCCUCUCCGGAACUUCGGCAGUCCUAUUAACUCCGGAAGACAGUGAAGUAUUUGAAGCCAAAGGCCUCGUCAUUUUGCAGCCCAAUUAUCUUGAGGUGUACAUUUACGAUCGUUGGACCGAGAAUAACAUGCCUGCUUUCCGGUUGGCUGAUUGGAUCGUACCAACAAAUAUUGAGAUGCUCACUGGCCACACGACACCACCCCCCUUAUUGACGGAAGCUGAUCUAAUCUCACUAAUGGAUCGGCACGGGAUUGGUACAGACGCAACGCAUGCGGACCACAUCGAAACCAUAAAACAACGCUUGUAUGUCGGUUUAGAACAGAACAAAUUUCUUGUUCCGGGACAGUUAGGGAUGGGUUUGGUUGAAGGUUACGACUCCAUGGGUUUUGAAAUGUCCAAACCUAACUUACGUGCGGAAUUGGAGGCCGAUCUGCGCCUCAUCUGCGAUGGCAGAAAAUCCAAGGAAGAGGUGCUACACCACCACCUUGACAAAUACAAGCGACUGUACGAGCUUGCUACCUCACAAGCCUUCCAGCUAGACCGCGCUUUGGCCUCACGUUUGGAAGUUCCAGCCGAAGAUGUUUCACGUGUAACUAGUACUUUUGGUUCCAACACCAUCGCUGGCCAUUACCCACCCCCUAUACCUGUGAUUACUUGUCCUUCCUGUUCUCGUGGGGUGAACUUGCGCCAAAGGCGUUCACAACAGCGGCCGCUAACGGAAGGGUCGAACAACGUCACAACCCGUGGCAUCCAAAAUGACGCACCCAAUCCGUGUUCCCCAACGUUGUGGUUUUUAUCCUGUUCUGGAUAUCCUUCCUGUCGGUAUGCCGUUUGGUUCCCGGAAACAGUGCUGAACGUCCGAAUAAGUGUGGGGCCGAACGGGCCGGAGCAAUGCAAUGACUGUCCUCCACGCUCACCUAUUUCCAAUGGUUCAUGCCAGCACCCAUUAAAACUGGCUUUCCGGUUGCGCCUACACACCCAAGUGCCAGGUGUAUAUUACCAAGAUGAAACGGAAAAGGAAUAUGUAACGUGCGUUUUCUGCGAUCAGGAUUUCCAAAAUUCUCUUGGUAUUCGUAUCAAUCUGCCACGUCGGACUAGCGCCCAGAAUUUCUCCUCUGUACAGCCUCGAUCCCCCUCCGUAUCCAGCCCCCCUCGUACCAUCCAUUCCAGGGACAGCGUCCUCUUCCCACCAACCCCACCUGUUGGUUCACGGUCCUUCACAACAUCCGUAGCUUCGACAUCUUCUAGUGCUAUCCAUCUUGCUUCUGCGUCUCUCUCAACCGUGCUUAACCCUCAGCGUAUUUGUGGAAAUCAGCUUCUUGCACAAACUACCGCUAGCGAUGAAGCGGCUGUUGUCUGCAAUUGCGGUAAAGAGGCGAUACUUCUUACUGUUAAGAAGGCAGGCCCAAAUCAGGGUCGUCUGUUCUAUCGAUGCGCGGGAGGUAUUGGUUCUGCUGGAUCAUGCGAUUUUUUUCAGUGGAAGUCUCCUCUUGACUCACUGAAUCCGAUGGCCUCUAGUACUCAGAAUCCACAUCUGCCCUCCGGGUUUCCCCCCCUCGUCCACACAUCUAAUCCGUCCGCCCCAACCAGUCAGGUUGGCUUGAUCGCUUCCUCUUCUUCGGGGUUCGGGUCAUCAGGUUCAGCAUCCACUAUCUUGUGUAGGUGCGGUGAACCUGCAAAGCUAUUAAAAGUUCUCAAACAGACAGCAAACCAUGGACGGGAAUUUUUCACAUGCCCUAAUAGUCGUCUUGGCUCUGACGGUGGCCCAAACAGUGGUUGCAACUUUUUCGCAUGGGCAGACAACAUUGAUGCACAUACACCCGCAUCUGCGUCACAUUUCUCCAUGGCGGCAUCCGAUGGCUUUCGCAACGCGAGACGUCGUCGUGAUCAUUUCAGUGUUGAGAGCAAUGUUUCUUUGGGCCAUGUGCCGAUGUGGCCUCCUCCAGCCUCAGCAAGUUCGCGUGGUGGCAGGGCACGUCCGCGUUCUUUGGUGGCGGCCAACGGCGAACGAUCUCGUUCUGGUCCUUCCAGUGUUCGGAAGUGUGGGCUGUGCGGUGAGCCAGGUCAUACACGCAUCCGCUGUCCACGAGCCGAAUAAUUCACGUGCCCUCAGCGUCGCACGAUUGUACAUUGUCAUCGGUGGUCCCUGAUUGCGUUACGGCGAACUGUUAUGUUGUACAGCUAUGUUUGACCAUCAUGCAUUUUUAAAUCAUUUUUGACUGUUUACCAUCUUCUCUUCUCACUUUUUAUCUUAUCAAUAUGCUGCUCUCAUCCACUUCAAUGUGUCAGACAAGUGCUCUCUGGAAGAUGGUAUUUAACAUUACGAUCGCAAAAUCGUGUUGGUUUCCUUCAUCUGCCCCAGAACUAAAUUAUGACGUUACUCGUCAUCCU